UACGAUCAGGCUCGGUUUUCGUCUGGGAGGAGAGCGAUGAUGAUACUGGUCUACGUCGGUGGACGGAUGGACUACUUUGGUCCGCCUCUCGCAUGCGUGAGGUAUGUUCUUCACCUUCAUCCAUGUCAAUUGAUCAGCACAAUAGCAUCUUCAUUUGUUCCUUCCAUAGCCUUUCCUGUUUUAUGAAACAAGAACCGUCAACCCUCGGUGAGUAGGAGUCCAAGACACCUUAUGCGCUUCAUUCUUCGGGUCGAUCUCACACUGCCAAUCGUUUAUCCAGUUAUCCUUCAUCAAACCUCCCAGGGCUCGUGAAGCAAACGUAUUCUGCGAUAGUCUCCCUCCCGCCCUCUGAUGUGCCUCCCGGAAUGGCACCUAUCCGAAAAUGGCAUCUGACUGCGUAUUUCGAACACGACGAUCUUCCUUCGUUGCUUACGGUAGACACCGAUCAAGAACUCUGCAACAUCACCGUUCCCCCUGGCAUCUUUCGCAGUGGCAAGAGUCGGACCCGUCAGCAGCCGAGCAGCCAGGAGAGCAACGGCGGCUUGCGAUGGAUAAACGUUGAUGGAAGCACCGGGUUAGUUACCAGCAGUACCACGAGUGGCACUGGGCGGCAAUCCCUGGACAUCAGCCCUGACAUGUCAAAAGCACCUUCACCAUCACAUUCCCCAAUUUUCCACAGUUCUUCUCAUACCUCGCCGCGGGGGUCUACACCCUUCACCCAGCACUCGUCAUCCCGGUCUUCCUCCUCGGGUUCCUGGAACUCAUCAGCGUCCCAAAAACUUCCCGAGUCGUCGCGAGAACACCCAAUCACUGAUCCUCGUAAUGCGCACGCGGCAUACCAAUACCACACCCUCCAACAUCACCACUCGAACUCCACGACGCCUCAACCACUGCCCUCCGCCUCGUUGCCACCAUUAACUGUUGGCUUUGCUUCGACAGUCCUCUCGGAGAGGCCUCCACAUGCGAGGCGCACCUCGGGCAGGAUCGAUGGUGUUCGAACCACUGAGGAUAUGCGUGUUAUCGACUUGCUCAAUGCGCGUACCUCGCUUUCCUGAUCAACCACGCCUUCUUGCUGCAAUUGGGCUGCACAUGACUGCACUUCCUCCCACAUAUAGAUACUGUAUUCAUCCCAGAGCGUUUUCUUCUGCAACCACGGGAAACCGCAUGGUUGACCAGUCUAGGGCAUAUCUUGGACGCGGCGGGAA